AUGGCAGAUCAGGUCAAGUACACCCAGAAGCUCAAGGGCGACAAGGUUCUGAUCACUGGGGGCUCUUCUGGCAUCGGAUAUGGUGCAGCAGAAGCUUGCGUGGAAAACGGUUGCACUGUCAUCAUCUCUUCGUCCAAUGCCGAGCGCGUUCAAAAUGCCGUCUCAAAACUACAGAAACUUUACCCUUCUGCAAAGGAUCGCAUCUCCGGACACGCCUGCAACCUCGCAGACGAAGUCAACCUAGAGUCCAACAUAGCCGCUCUGUUCGAAAAAGUCGGAAAACUGGAUCACGUAAUUCACACUGCGGGAGACUCUCUCGCCGUCAGUCCUGUCUCUGACAUUGACAUGGAGAGCAUCAAGCGUGCAGGUCUUGUGCGUUUCUUUGCCCCACUUUUCAUUGGAAAGUAUGCGCCCAAGUACCUUUCCCCAGGCCCCAAGAGCUCCAUGAUCAUCACAACUGGAGCAGUUUCGGAGCGUCCCAUGCCAAACUGGACCGUGGUGAACUCCUAUGCAACAGGUCUACAGGGAAUGGUGAGAGGACUGGCGUUGGAUUUGAAGCCCAUUCGGGUGAACCUUGUCAGUCCGGGAGCUGUGGAUACAGAACUUUGGAAGGGUAUGUCUGAGGAGCAGAAGAAAGGCAUGUUUGAGGAGUUGGCGAAGAAGACGCCCGUGGGAAGUGUGGCCAAGGUUGAGGAUAUAGCCGAGAGUUACCUUUAUUUGAUGAAGGAUAGGAACAUCACCGGGGCGAUGAUUUCUACUUCUGGUGGACAUCUGUUGGUCGGCUGA